GUCUCUUCCUCCUUUGUCAGGUAAACGUAAAGCCCUGAAGUUAAAUUUUGCCAAUCCUCCAAUCAAACCUACUUCCAGAAUCACUCUGAACACUGCCGGACUUCCUUUCCAGAACCCACACAUAGAGCGGCUGCGGACACACAGUAUCGAGUCGUCUGGGAAGCUGAAGAUCUCUCCGGAGCAGCACUGGGACUUCACAGCCGAAGACCUGAAGGAUCUUGGUGAGAUCGGCCGAGGAGCGUACGGCUCCGUCAACAAGAUGGUGCACAAACCCAGUGGACAAAUCAUGGCCGUCAAAAGGAUCCGGUCGACGGUUGACGAGCGAGAACAGAAGCAGCUACUGAUGGAUCUGGAUGUGGUCAUGAGGAGCAGCGACUGUCCCUACAUCGUCCAGUUUUACGGGGCUCUUUUCAGAGAGGGGGAUUGCUGGAUAUGCAUGGAGCUCAUGUCUAUCUCCUUCGACAAAUUCUACAAAUACGUUUAUUCCUCUUUAGACGAAGUGAUUCCAGAGGAGAUUUUAGGGAAAAUAACAUUAGUUACUGUGAAAGCACUUAACCACUUAAAAGAAAACUUGAAAAUUAUUCACAGAGACAUAAAGCCAUCAAAUAUCCUCCUGGACAGGAAAGGCAACAUUAAGCUGUGUGAUUUCGGCAUCAGUGGACAGCUGGUCGACUCCAUCGCCAAAACCAGAGACGCAGGCUGCAGACCAUAUAUGGCAGUAAGAUUUAUUCAUUUAUAGAUUCAUUACCACUAC